AUGGCACUGCUGAGUGUCAAGACGUUACUUUUGUUCGGGCCUGGGGCCAUGAGCCUUGACCAGGCGUAUUUCAGUCGGAUUCUGUCAUUCGUCAGAGAUGAUGCUGCCAGCCAAUGGGCUGUCCGCGCUAUCGAGGACAUCGAGAGUGGCUGGAACGCUCUUUCUGAAUCAAUUCCCAAACUACAACAGACUCCCGGCGCGGACCACGCCCGUAGGCUAGCAGAAUGGCUUCGAACAGGAGUUAUUACUCCCCAAGCUACGGUUGCAAAUUUGCCCAACGCCAUUCUUGGGCCACUCGUCAUCAUCGCACAACUUGUGGAAUACCUCCAAUAUGUCCAGUCAUCACAGUCAGCGAAUGGAGAUGGCAAGCUGUUUCAGUUACCUUCUGCUGCGCAAACAGAGACGGUGGGCUGCUGCCUAGGCGUUUUCAGUGCCCUGGUGGUAUCAAGCAGCUCAUCCUGGGCAAAGUUCCAUCACAAUGCCGCGGCGGUGCUUCGAAAAGUCUUUGUAUUAGGAGCUCUCUCUGACGCACAGGACAUCUCUGAUGUGACUGGAUCAUCAGUGUCAUUGAUCGCAUUCUGGAGAGGUGGGCAAUCUUUGUCCGACUUGAAGAAAGUGUUGGAAAUUUGUCCGGGCUCUAACAAGUCACACGCACAGGCUUACAUCUCUGUCCUAUAUGACGAUAAUCGAGCUACGGUGACAACGCCUUCCCGAAUUGCCUCCGACUUGAAGGGACAUCUUCAACGAGCAGGGUUUACAGCUAGCGAAACUGAGUUUCAUGGACGUUUUCAUGCAGGCGAGCUCUACAAGAACGAUCUUGAAGCCCUGUUUAGCUUCUGUAGAAAGGAUCCACUUUUCCAACUGCCCGAUGCUUCUUCUCUCAUUCUUCGCACACGUGUCAACUCGGAGUCUAUUCUAGCAGACAAGGACAGUCUACUAGAAGUCGCUUCGCAUGCGUUUCUGGUGGAACAAUUCAACUGGGUGAAGACCUUCCGUUCAGCAGUGUCCAGUUCAUUGCAAGAUAGAACUUCUAAGGUCAUUGAAUUUGGACCAGAGCGAUGUGUCCCGCCCACCCUCCUGCGAAGGCUAAACAGCCAAGUCACCCACUACGAAUUUCAAAGCACUGGCCAGCGCCAUUCGAAUCCAGAUGUGCCGCCAGGAUUUACCGACAAUGAUAUCGCUGUAAUUGGCAUGUCAUGCCAGGUCGCCGGGGCACAGGAUUUGGAGCAGUACUGGAAUAUCCUGUUGGAAGGCAGAUCCCAGCACAAGAACCUUGUGCCUAACGAGCGUUUUGCAAUGGAGACUGUAUUCCGGCCCGGCCAGGACGCCGAGGACAGGAAGUGGUACGGAAACUUCAUCGAUGACUACGACGCUUUCGACUACAAGUUUUUCAAGAAGUCUCCUCGCGAGGCCCUCCACAUGGAUCCGCAGCAACGACUGAUUUUGCAGACUGCCUAUCAGGCCGUGGCGCAGUCGGGCUACUAUCACAGAGCUGGUGCAGACCGCCGAAUUGGAUGCUAUAUUGGCUGUGUCGCCAAUGACUAUGAAAACAAUAUCUCUCACACUUCCCCGACGGCCUUUUCGGCCACAGGUGCCCUACGAAGCUACAUCGCUGGGAAGGUUAGUCAUUACUUUGGUUGGACAGGCCCAGGAAUGAUGCUCGAUACCGCGUGCUCAGCAUCAACUGUCGCCAUAGAUUUAGCCUGCCGGGCUAUCCUGAGCGGUGAUUGUUCUGCGGCCUUGGCGGGUGGCACAAACUUUUACAGCACCCCGAUGUUCUUCCAAAACCUGGCUGCAGGAUCGUUCCUCAGUCCUACUGGGCAAUGCAAGCCGUUUGAUGCAAAGGCUGAUGGGUAUUGUCGAGGUGAGGCUAUUGGCGCCGUGUUCUUGAAGAAAUUAUCCAAUGCUGUUGCCGACGGCGAUCAGAUACUGGGUGUGAUUUCGGCAACCGCCAUCAACCAGAAUCAAAAUGAUACGCCGAUCUUUGUUCCCAACCCGUCUUCCCUGACCAGUGUGUUCCGGACCGUUGUCGGCAAGGCCGGGUUGGGAGUUACGAACAUUUCAGUCAUCGAGGCUCAUGGGACAGGAACUCCAGUUGGUGACCCAGCAGAGUACGACAGCAUUCGCCAGGUCUUCGGUGGCUCCGUUCGCGCAGGGCUAAAGCCUCUUCAACUCGGCUCUGUGAAGGGGCUGAUUGGUCAUACUGAGGGUGCCUCUGGGGUUGUAGCACUGAUCAAGAUGUUGUUGAUGAUGCAAGAAAGUCGCAUACCCCCACAGGCCAGCUUUACUUCCAUGAGCGCGUCUAUCAAGGCUUCACCUGCGGAUAAUAUGGAGAUCACGAAAGCAGCCCUCCCUUGGGAAGACGAGUUCAAGGUAGCACUCAUCAACAAUUAUGGCGCAGCUGGCUCAAAUGCUUCCAUGGUGAUUAAGCAGGCAGCGAAAUACCCCUCAGGAGGUGAAGCAGGCGGCCACGGAGGCGCGGAUCUAACAUCGCCGACUUCCACUUUCAGAUGUCCAUUUUAUAUUUCUGGGCUCGACGACAAAGCCAUUCGGGCCUAUGCCGCACGACUGCGCCAAUUCAUCAAGAACAAGGCCAUCUCAAGAGAUGUACUAGGAAUUGAGAACCUGUCAUUCAACGUCAAUCGGCAAUCUAACUGGUCGCUUGGCCGUGGCUUCGUGUUCGGCGCCGAGUCCAUCACUGAACUCGAAGAAAAGCUGACGUCUUUCGAAACAUUUGCGGUGCCUUCCAUACGACCUGUUAUCUUGUGCUUCGGGGGCCAGGUGUCCAAAUCCGUUGGCCUCGACCGCGGAGUCCUUGACAAAGCCACAGUGCUACGUCAACACCUCGAUCGGUGCGACAGUGUCUGCAAGUCGAUCGGGGCGGGUAGUAUAUACCCGAGAAUAUUCCAAAGCGAGCCGAUCCAUGACCCGACCGUACUCCAGCCGCUACUCUUUUCCAUGCAGUAUUCAUGUGCGUUGAGCUGGAUCGACUGCGGUGUUGAACCAGCAGCCUUGGUUGGCCACUCAUUCGGAGAACUCACUGCGCUUUGCGUCUCAGGCAUCCUUAGCCUAGAGGAUGCGUUCAAGCUCGUUCAUGGCCGGUCGAAGAUUAUCAAAGAGAGCUGGGGCCCGGAGAAGGGGUCCAUGGUUGCAGUUGAAGCGGACCGAACCGAUGUGGAAAAGCUCUUGGUUGCUUCAAAUGCGCGUCUUGGUGAAACUGAACGGGCUGGACAUGCGACAAUUGCCUGUUUCAAUGGCCCGAAGAGCUUCACCAUCGCUGGUUCAGCCGCUGCAAUUGAUGCUGUGCAGCAGGCAGUUUCAACCCUUGAUACCCCAAUCAAACACAAGAGGCUAGAUGUGACUAAUGCGUUCCAUUCGACCCUAGUUGAGCACCUAAAGCCACAAUUGGAGGCCCUGGGCCGCAAUCUGAGCUUUGGAAAUGCCUACAUACCUCUUGAAAGGGCAACCGAGCAGCGGGAGACCGGUCCGAUCUCACCUGCUUACGUUGCUGAGCACAUGAGGAACCCUGUCUACUUCGACCAUGCUGUCCAAAGACUCGCGUGCCAGUAUCCGGAGGCCAUCUGGUUGGAGGCUGGCUCUAAUUCCACCAUAACGACCAUGACAGGCAGGGCGUUGGGGAUGCCGAAGGGUUCCACGUUCCAGCCAGUCAGUAUCACUGGUACCACGCAGGGGACCCGACAACUCGCCGAUCUGACCAUGAGUCUGUGGAAUUCUGGGUUGCGCUGCUCGUUCUGGCCACACUCCCGGGCGCAAACCUAUGGGUAUGCACCUAUCAUGCUUCCACCGUACCAGUUCGAGAAGUAUCGCCAUUGGCUCGAGUUUAAGCCGCCCCCAAAACCGGUGGUAAUCGAGCGAAUGGUGUAUGCAAACAGUGGUGUGGACCAAGAAGCUCCAGCAUCGGGCCUCUACACUUUCAUGGGAUACAGUGACAAGACUGAGACCAAUUGUCGGUUCCGCAUCAAUACAACCGCGAAAUCAUAUGUCGAUAUUGUCUCAGGAUACACAUUGGGAAAAUCUGUUCAGGCCUGUCCGCCCAUAUUCGGAAUUGACACCGCAAUCCAGGCAAUCACAAGCGUUCGACUGGAAGUCAUAGCGGCCAAUGAGCUGCAUCCCCAGAUUUAUAAUGUCUUGAAUUGCUUCCCGCUUGUGGUGGAUCCAUCAAGGGCAGUGUUUCUUGAAUUCGAACGUUCUGGACACGUCCCUGAAGGUUGGAAGUUCAAAUUGACCAGCGAGGCCGACGUUUCUAGCAAGACUGUCCAUCUGAGCGGACAGCUUGAGUUCCACCGUGCCGAUGAUGCCCGCUCAAACUUCGAGUUUAGUAGGUUGGAGAGGCUCGUAACGCAUGAACGAUGCCUGCGGGCGUUGGAGUCUGCUGACGAUGCCGACGAAGUGAUUCAAGGGCAGAGCAUAUAUAAGGUCUACUCGGACCUCGUGGGCUACGCCCCCAAUCUCCGUGGCCUGCAAAAGCUGGUUGGGCGACCGAGCGAGUCAGCUGGCCGAGUUGUGAAGCGACGGUCUCGGGACUCCUGGCUUGAUUUCGCCCUCGGGGAGACCUUUUCCCAGGUUGGCAGCAUUUGGGUGAACUGUCUUGCACCGGGCCGGAACACCACAGAUGGCACCGUCUAUAUUGCCGAUGGCAUUGAGCAAUGGAUGAGGUCACCGAGUCUCUUACGGAAAAUUAGCGAAGGGUCAUACAACGACCACCAAAGCGAAUGGCAGAUCCUUGCGACCCACAAGCACACAGAAGGAGACACCUUUAUAACGGACAUUUUUGUGUUCGAUUCGGCAUCUAGGCUACUCGAGGAGGCCAUACUUGGCAUCAAAUUCAGUGCUAGAUCGACGGGUGAACUUUUCACGAACGUUGUUAUUGCCGCGCCGCCUGUACCGGCAACUGAACCCAGGCUCCCCGCUACAAUUGCACCCAUCAGCUCUGUGCCAACUGAGAACCAGUAUUCAUCUAUGAUGACAGCGCCGCCAGCUCGUGCUCAGGUUCAAAAGAGGAACACCAAGGCUGAGCUAUGGGCGAAGCUUCUUCCCGUCCUGGCAGAUAUUUCUGGCCUUGAGCCCGAGGAAAUAAAUGAAACUGAUGCACUGGCAGACAUUGGGAUUGAUUCUCUGAUGGGAAUGGAGAUGGCCCGCGAGGUAGAAACCACCUUUAAUUGCACCCUGGAACAGUCUGAACUCAUGAGUAUCUUUGACGUACCAGGCGUUCUCGCUUUCCUCCAGUCUACACUUGGGCUUGAGGGUGAGGAUGAUGCCUCGCAGUCUUCGGAUGCAGCGUCUUCGUCUCAAAACACUCCUCCAUCCAGCAACGACGGGAUUCUUGCCACUCCAAGUCCCAAGCUGGAAGAAGAGGACAUUUCUAGAUCUUAUAUUGACCUUGGCAACGAGAUGGACCUGCCGGCAUCUGCUGUUCUCGAGGCCUUCCGCGCAUCUAAUGAGCAGACCGAUGCCUACUUGAAGAAAUGGAAAUGCGCCGGCUAUCUUGACGGUGUUUCCCAGAAGCAAACCAGACUGUGCCUCGUGCUUACAAGCGAUGCCUUCAAACAGCUGGGCUGCGACCUGGUGGCCGCCAAACCAGGGGAAGUACUGCAGCCCGUGCCGUUUGUUCCUCGGCACCACCGCUUCCAUGAAUACUUGUACAAGAUGCUUGAAGAGACAAGAAUCAUAGACGUGGACGGAGGCAUUAUUACUCGCACCGCCCUUCCUCUUCCUACACAGUCCUCCCAAGCCAUAUUGGAGGACCUCAUGUCCCACCACCCGGACGAUGGCCCUUCUCACCAGCUUACGUACAAUAUAGGUUCUCGGAUGGCAGACGUUUUGUCAGGAAAGGCUGAUGGUCCCCAACUCAUCUUUGGAGAUGCCAAAAAUCGUGAACUAGUUGCCGCUUUCUACGGCGAGCUGCCUUUUAACAAGCUGUAUUUCCAGCUGAUGGCUGAUUUCCUCUCCCGUCUUGCAGAAAGCUUGAGACUUUCCGCUCAGAAUUGUGGUCCCUUGAAGAUUCUUGAGAUGGGCGCUGGGACUGGCGGAACGACCAAAGUGCUCGUUCCCACGCUGGCCAAGCUCGGAAUCCCCGUCGAGUACACCUUUACCGACCUUUCGCCGUCUCUCGUGGCGCAAGCCAAGAAGAAGUUUAAGCAGUACCCCUUCAUGAAUUUUGCUGUGCACGACAUUGAACAACCUCCGUCUGACCCGCUACUGAUCGGCUCGCAACACCUUGUGAUAGCUAGUAACGCUGUGCAUGCUACACACUCACUCCAAGUCUCGACGCAAAAUAUCCGCAAAUUUCUGCGCCCAGAUGGCUUCCUCAUGUUGCUCGAAAUGAACAGCACACUGCAUUGGGUGGACGUCGUUUGGGGUACUCUGGAAGGCUGGUGGCUAUUUGAAGACGGACGUACGCACGCCGUUGUAGACGAACGCCGAUGGGAAAAAGAGCUACUCGAUGCAGGCUAUAAACAUGUUGAGUGGACCGACGGGAAGCUACCCGAAGUGCGUGUCCAACGGGUCAUAAUCGCUCUGGCCGACGACGUCGAGCAGGACCAACAAGUUGACGACCAUGAGCUAUCCGAGAAGGAAUUGAAGGAGAAAAAGCAGGCUGCUGAUUACUAUGUCAAAGAAACUACCCGGGACUUCACAAUCCCUGCCUACUCUGGAGGUCUCACUGACUCUUCUGAGUACGGCAAGGUUGUCCUCGUCACAGGGGCAACCGGGAGUCUUGGAAGCCACGUUGUUGCCCAUUUAGUCUCUCUUCCUUCAGUCGACCGAGUCUACUGCCUGAAUCGACCGGCGAUCGGAGGUGGAAGAGCUAAGGACGCUGCCCCUCGUGACCCAUUACGCCGCCAGAUUCAAUCCCUGGAGUCAAAGUCCAUUGCCCUGGAUGCCUCACAACUAGCAAAAUUGAAAGUAAUCGAGACCGACUCCUCGAAACUACAGUUGGGUCUAGACGCAGAGGAGUACAAACAGUUACUUUGCCAUGUCACUCACAUUAUCCACAAUGCCUUCCCUGUCAACGGCCUGCGCUCUCUCAAGCAAAAUGAGGCCCAGUUCACGAUCAUGCGCAACCUUGUGGACCUUGCAGCAGAGAUCUCAGCUCGCCGCGAGGCCACCGACUUCAAGUUCACCUUCCAAUUCAUCUCCUCCCUGUCGGCGGUGGGUAAAUACCCAUCCGUCCACGGCGGCCAGAUUCAAGUUCCGGAAGAACACCUGAAUAUCGACAGUGCUCUUCCGAACGGCUACGGCGGGGCGAAAGUAAUAUGUGAGCGUAUCCUCCAUGAGACAUUGGGUCAGUACCCGGAGCGUUUCCGCGCAAUGACAGUCCGAUUGGGUCAGCUAUCAGGAUCCAUCAAGACUGGGUACUGGAACCACAUGGAAGUUCUCGGGUUCCUGUUCAAGUCAGCCCAGACGCUGCGCUCUUUCCCAGCAGUGGAAGGCAUUUUCACCUGGCUGCCCCUCGAGCAAGCCUCGGCCACGCUGGCGGACCUACUACUGCGCGAUGCGCCGGACUGCCAUAACGUUUACCAUGUGGAUAACCCGGUGCGGAAGCCUUGGGCAGAGAUCGUGCCUGUGCUAGCUCAGGCUCUAGGCAUCUCGGAAAAAGGCAUUGUCCCACUUGAUGACUGGCUGAGACGCGUGAAGGCAUUCCCUGGUGAGGACCCGUGGGAUAACCCCGCGGGCAAGGCGAUCGAUUUCUUUGAGCACAAGUUCCAGCACAUGUCUUGCGGUGGGGUCACCAUGGCCACGGAUAAUGCUGUGGAGCAUUCGCCAACGCUGAGGGGUGUGCAGCCGGUGGCUGACGCGGUAGUUCGGAAAUACUUCCAGGUUUGGAAGGACACUGGGCUCCUGCGUUGA